AACAGCCUCUCUGCCGAUUUAUUAACGCACAGAAUACAUUUAUAUAGUGGCGGAAUUUUGAUGAAUAACAACAAUACAAAAAGAAUGGGGAAUUUUGAUCGGUCGAGGAUUAUACUGACUACACUUGUUGUAGUGUUAUUGUCAUUUGUUGUGAGUGCGGAUGGAGUGUUGUGGAGUCCUUGUUCUUUACAUAGUGAAUUUUACAUGCCUGAAGGAGUUAAAUUCUUCCCAAGAGCUAAUUUAACAACAGGAAAAUUAGAAUAUACCUUGUCAAUGAUUGAUGCUAUCAAUGAAAUUAACUUGAAAAACAAUGAUACUUUUAGAACUCAAGCAGAAUGUGCCAUGAUUCCAGUUCCUUUGGAUCAUGACAAUGUCAAUAGUAAACCAUUGAAAUUAUUUGUAAAGAGAUUGAGAGCUGAUCCAACUAAACAAGCUCCACGUGCUUUGUGGCUUCUCUCUGGAGGUCCUGGUAUGGCUAGUAACAUUUGGGAGAUGCAAAUGGAUUUGCUUGUAAAAAUGUUUGGAGGUCAAUUCGAUAUUUACACAACAGAUCACAGAGGUACAGGAAGAAGUAACAGAGUUACUUGCUCAACAACCCAAGCUGAAACCCUAGGAAGUGACGAAGGUAUAACUAUUAGUAUGAAGGAAUGGACCAAGAAUGGAUGUGCUCAAUCUUUCAAUGAUGAAUGGAAUGGUCAUGCUCAAAACUUUUCUUCCAAAGCAGCUGCCAUUGAUGUUGUUAAAUUGAUUCAAUCUAUCAAUGUUCCUCAAAAUCAAAAGACCUUUGUUUUGGGAGCUUCAUAUGGUACUGUUUGGACUUCAAGAAUUAUUCGUUAUUUGCAAUUGAAUGGAAAUGCCAAUAUUAUUUCUGGUUAUAUUAUGGAUGGUAUUGUUAACGUUAUUGGAAAACCAGCCCCAAUGGGUCUCGACUAUACUACCAAAUCAGGUAGAUUGGUUUUGAAUUUGUGGGAUGAAAAUUUCAAUGGUGUUGGUAAUGCCUUGAUGGAAAUUUGUGGAGGUAACAAGUCAAGAAUUGCUACUAAUCAAUUUGUUGAUGUCAAUAGUGACAAUACUCUCGACAAGAAACUCUAUGAUGAAGAAACUGAAUGUGCCAAAAAGCUCGAAAAGAAGGCAAACGGUAAUCCAGUUGAGUACAUGAAGAAUGUUAUUGAAAGUGUCUAUGUCAAUCAUACUUGUAGACCUAUUGCUGAUGGUAUUCCAUUGUUGCAAUUGAAGACUCUCUUCCAAGUAUUUAUUGAAAGUUCUUACCUCAGAUUCUUCGUUCCUGCCUUUAUUUACAGAAUGGACAGAUGUGAUGAAGAUAUGGAUAUUCCAUUCUUGCUCCACAUUAGAGAUGUAUUAGUUAAGCAGACUAGUGUUCAACCAACCUCUGUGCCACUCCAAUCUCCAGUUUUGCAAUCACAUAUUGUCUACUCUGAAUUAUGGGACAGUACGACUACUAUGCAACAAUUGUUGGAUGAAUACAAUAGUUCAGCAAUUACUUUUGGAGGUAUUGGUAUUGGAAUGAAGUCAUUACUCGAUGCUACUCAAUGGCCAGUCUAUGACCUCGAUCCAGAAUAUUUCGAACAAACCUUUGAAACCACUGUCCCAAUUUUAAUGUUGAAUGGUAACUUGGAUCCAAAUACUCCACUCUGGUCUGCACUUUCUCAAAAGGCUGGUAUUAAGAGCAAUUCACACAAUUUGGUAAUUGUUCCAUUCUCAGCUCAUGGUACAAUUGUUGGACCAACAUUUAAUAAUUCUUACAUUCCAGCUGGUUUGCAAGUUGUUGUCAAUUUUGUCAGUAUGGAAAAUCCUAAUGCCCUCACUGUUGAUACCAGUUGUUUGGAUUUGAUUAAUUUCAAUACUUCUGGUGUUCCAUACUAUAAUGAAAGAGUAUUUGGAAUUUAUAAUAUUUAUGAAGAUACCUAUGUUGCUGAAUCAACUGAUCCUCAAGUUAGUGUCUAUCUUUUGGUGGGUAUCUUUAUUGCCGUUCUCUUCAUUGCUUGUGUCGUUAGCAACUUGCUCAUCUAUUACAUUAUCAAACUCAAAGAUGAACAUCAAUACAAGCAACAAUAUGGUACUAUUAUUGAGACCAAUCCAAUUAAUGAAAAUUCCACACAAGAAGUUUCUCCUUAUCAAUCAACUGAUUAAAUGGUUACAGUUUUGUAACAUUAUUA